AGAUAGGCCUACUCGCUGCGGUGACUGUGUCGUUUUUAAGAUAAUCAUAAUAUCAAUUAAACCAGGCACAGAAGUUCUUGGAAGAAUACCUGGAACUGAUAUGUUUUGUGAUGUUCUGCAAUAUCCUAUGGCUCUUGAGACUCCUUCUGUGCUUGUAAUCCGUGUCAAGUCUGGCUUCCUCUGUUUUGCAAAUGCCAACUUAGUCAAGCACAAUAUUAUAAAAUGGGCAACAGAAAAGGAAGAAGAAGAGAACAUCAAAGGAAAUGUGAAAAGGAAUGUCCAACUUGUGAUUCUUGACUUGUCCAAUUUAACAAGCAUUGAUACAGCAGGAAUUGCUUGUUUGGAAGAACUGCGUAAGAAUCUUGUUUUAAAUGGAAUAGAGAUGGCCAUCACUAACCCAAGGUGGCAAGUGAUUCACAAGCUAAAAUUAGCCAACUUUGUGAACAAAAUUGGAGAAAGGAUUUUCUUGACAAUUGAUGAAGCAAUUGAUGCAUGUCUCAGUUCUAAAAUGGUUGCCAUUUAAGUGAAAAGAAAAUUAUGUCUAUUAGUAUGCUUUCUUUCCUUUUCUUUUUUUUUGUGUGUCGUGUGUGGUCUUGUCUGUUUGUAUGAUUGUGUAAUAGAUAUGGGAAAUGUAAUAAAAAUGUGCUUUUCAUCUCCUCUAGUUAGGACACUAUAGUUGAAGUCCGAGAGGGAAAAAGCACCGAUGUUUAUGUAGAAUAUAAAUUUUACAUGUCA